GAAGAAGUCCGCUUAACCACGCGGUUCGGUGAGUGAAGUGCGCGUGUUGAGGCCGCUGGUACUGUGUUUCACGCGAUGCCCAAGGCCAAGGGCAAGACCCGGAGGCAGAAGUUCGGUUACAACGUUAACCGCAAGCGUCUGAACCGCAAUGCUCGGCGGAAGGCGGCGCCGCGCAUCGAGUGCUCCCAUAUCCGACAUGCCUGGGACCACAACAAAUCGGUGCGGCAGAACCUGGCAGAGAUGGGGCUGGCCAUGGACCCCAACAAGGCUGUUCCCCUCCGUAAGAGAAAGGUGAAGCUCAUGGAGGUGGAUGGAAAGGAGGGGCCCAAAGACAUUGUGCGGAAGCCCUACGUGCUAAAUGAACUGGAGGCAGAAGCCAACCUCCCAGAAAAGAAAGGAAACACGCUGUCUCGGGACCUCAUUGACUAUGUCCACUACAUGGUGGAGAACCAUGGGGAAGACUACAAGGCUAUGGCCCGGGAUGAAAAGAAUUACUAUCAAGAUACACCCAAACAGAUUCGGAAUAAGAUCAACGUCUACAAACGAUUUUACCCAGCAGAAUGGCAAGCCUUCAGCGAGUCUCUGCAGGAUAAGAAGAUGGAAGUUGAUUGACAGGUUUACACCUGCCCUAGGCUGAGGCCUUACACACCAAAGAACCCAGUGUCAGGGUUUAAGACACAGAGUGGAGCGCUCCGGGUGAGACUGGUUACUGGGGCGUAGGCAGGAGUAACACAUGUGUGCACCCUGUCCUCUGGUCUCAGAAAAGCCUGAACUUGGUGUGAUCACAGCGAUUGCCUUUGAAUAUAAUCUGUACAUAAUAAAACCCAAGGACAUUUUGCUUC